CGCCGCUCGCUGGAGGGAAACUCUCGGCGGCGGCGGCGUGCGGGGCUUCACCCUGCACCGAUCUUUGCCCCUCUCCGGGCCCCCGGGGGGGCAAGCCCGGCCCGCCCCGCCGCUAAGCGAGCCGGCCGUUCCCCCUGCAAGCAUGGAAGCCCCCAAGCCGCGGCUUUUCAAACGCGCCGCUUCCCCGGCCGGCCGGAUUUGUUCCCCGCCGCCGGGCUUGACGUCAGCGGGGCCCUGCUGCCCUGACAGCAGCCCCCCGGCCGCCGCCGCCGCCCCCGGAUCCGUUGCAGCCGCCGCCGCCUUGUGCUGCGGGGUGGCGGCGGCGGCCGCUUGCAAGCCGCUCGCCUCCGCUUCGCCCGACCCUCCGGUAGCGCCGCCGGGCAACGCCGUUUACACGGUGCUGGUGGAGGAAGAUCCCGCGUCGCUCCGGAGGAGGAGAGCCCGGCGCAGGAGCUGCGAGGACGGCACCGGACGGAGACCCGCCGUCGCUGCUGCUGCUGCCACCGCCGGCCGUGGCGGCGGCGGCGGCGGCGGCUGCUGUUGCGCCCGAAGCAAAGUCCACUUUUUGCAAAAGAGUUCCAAUCAUUGUAAUGGCAAAGCGUUUCCAGCAGAGUUGGAGCCGGCGAAUGGCCACCUGAGGCUCACCUCGAACCCAGUGGUGCUAAAACAGCCGGUGGAAGAAGCGACCACGGCUCUGCGACUCCUGGAUGAGACCCCCCUGCACCAUUCGGCCUACAUCCCGGUGCCCCGACAGAGAAAGCCAACGGAGAAGGCAGGAAUUGACGAAGUCAUGGCGGCCGCGGUCCUCACCAGCCUGUCGACGAGUCCCGUGGUGCUGGGCCAUCACCCCAAUGGUUUCAGCGCAGAAAUGAACUGUGACGUGUGGAAAGAAGCUCCCCUUAGGUCUUCCAGCUGCUCGAGCAGCAACCACAGCGGAGACGGGAGCUGGGAUCCCCCGAGCGACCUUUCCACCCCCUCCACCCCUUCACCGCCCCUGACCGCCGACAUCACGACCAGCAUCCUGUCUUCCCUCCAGUCCGACCUGGAGGAGACGGAAGCCGCCCAGUUUCUCUUUGGGGAACCCGUGCCCAGGAAGAGGAAGAACUCCACCAAGGUGAUGUUCAAGUGUUUGUGGAAGAGCUGUGGGAAAGUUCUCAGCAGUUCCUCAGGGAUGCAGAAGCACAUCCGAGCCAUUCACCUGGGGAGGAAGGCUGACCUGGAUCAGAGUGAUGGAGAGGAAGAUUUUUACUACACCGAGCUGGACGUCAACGUGGAUUCUUUGACCGACGGUCUCUCCAGCCUGACCCCUGUCUCCCCAACCUCCCCGGUGCCCCCUCCCUUUCCAGUCCUGGAAGAGGUCCAGAAAAUCCUGCCUAUUCCACUCAACCCCAAGGUUUCCGUGGUGUCUCACCUGAGCCAAUCGGCACCCUUAAACCUCCUGAGCCAAUCAGCACCUACAGGUCUGGGACACAUCCAAACCGAUCAUGCCUAUCAGGCGAUGGGUCCUACCGGGGUGCUGGCGGAUCUGAAGGCUCCCCCAGCUGGGAUGGAAAUCAGCAUAUCGUGGCAGCAACCAGCCCUUUUCCCCCCACCUCUGCCCCCCGUCCUCUUCAAAAGCCCCUCGGGCUGCCUGACUCCCAUCCGACCUGCCGAUUCGGAAGAGAAACGCCUGCAAGGCCCCCCUGUGUCAGUUGCCAAAGGACAACCCUUAUUGCCCUCUUCCGUGCCAAAGCCUGCAACAGGCACCAGGAAGCCGCGGGGCGAAGCCAAGAAAUGCCGCAAAGUCUACGGGAUGGAGAACCGCAGCAUGUGGUGCACGGCCUGUCGCUGGAAGAAAGCCUGCCAGCGGUUCGUCGAUUGAGCUCUGGGGGGCGGUGGGGUUUGGGGAAUCUUCGGCCGCCCUUGGCCUCUCCGUCUGCGUUGCGCGAUUUGCACUUUGGUGCCUUCCAGCCUAAUCUCCCCUUGCACCGUCUGCCCCCCCCCACCCCACACACCUUGCCCUGAUCCACCUGUCCACUCACCCCCUUCUUCAAGGGGGUGGGGGCUCUUUCCCAAUUGUGCCUUGGCUCAGGAAACCGGAGUUUCUGGGGUGAACGGAGUUGUGGGGGGGGGAACCCUUUGCAAAAGGAAGACAAGAGCCCGCCUCGCCCACUCCCGGCCGGCCGAAGUGUCACCCAGGGAGUCUUCUAGAUUCUUCUGGGACGGCCUCUCUCUUCAUCCAGGGAUACCUGCUAAAUCCAAGCCCCUCCGUUGGAUUUACCCGCGUCCAUCCACACAUGUGAAAAUUGAAGCCAUUGCUUGUCUUUUGAUGGUGUUUUGUUAUUUUUUAUUUUUUUUUCUUACUUCUGAAAUAAGCUAUGUUCUCUCGGCCGCCUCCCCUUUUCCCUUCUUCACCUGUCGCUACCGAUCUGCCAACCCAUGUCGAGGUUUUAGACGGCGCGAGUUCCAGAAAGUUCUUCGGAGCCGAGAUGUGAAAGCUUUGGACAUUUUUCGUUCUCUGGGAUGGGAGAGCCAAGCCUGACGGGUUGUGGGGUUUUUUGUUUUGUUUUUUUGGAUACCUGUCCUGCAAUAUUUUUUUUUUCCUUUCUCGGGAAGCUUUGGCGUUAAGGACUUCAGAGCGGAAGACAAAAAAACAGGCGUCGGAAGGAAAGGAAAUGGUCUUUGCUUCCCUUCCUCUUUACUUUCAUUUUGCUGGCUGCAAGCAGGUUUCUCGAAAACUGCUUUUCCCCCCUCGAUUUAAAUUCAGUUUGGAAGCCGAAUUUCCGGCCUGGACAGAGUGGGAAAAAAUACAAACCUGUCGGAACGUCAGCAAAACAUCAAAAGUUCUUUUCUUUUUUUGCUUUCUGUUUCUUUCCAAUCUUGGGGAGUUUUCUGAUUAUUUUUUUUUUAAAUUCCCUCUCCCAUCCUCCCCCAAAAAUAUUCCCUUCCCAAAUGGUGCCUGCCAAAGAAAGGCUCGCUUUAUAGGAAAUUUCUUUUCCACGCAAACCGUCUCGUGAAUGGAAAUGUUAAAGUCUGUCGCAAGGAAUAAGCUAUGCGCCAAAAAAAAAAUGUAGCCCGACCAAUUUGCAACCUGGACUGAAUUUACAUCCAAGCCGACUCUUGACAGCAGUGAGAAAAAAAUUGCCGUUUUUUCCCUUAUGUGCAAUCUCAGUUUUUUUUACACAACGGGGUGAUGGGAAUGUGAUGGUUCUGUCCACUGUCAUAGCAUAUUUUCUCCGAUCUAAAACAGCAAAGAUAGAAUAUCGGUAAGAUUUUCCACUCUGCUCUUUUGUUCCCCUUAAAAGGAAAAAGAAAAAAAAAAAAGGCCCAGCUUAAAAGUCAAUUUUGGAUUUAGGAUAUUUUUUAAAAAAAAGAAGAAUCAUCAUCAGCCGUGGAGAAAAGUUGAUCAGCGUUGAAUAGAAUAGAAUAGAAUAGAAUAGAAUUUUAUUGGCCAAGUGUGAUUGGACACACAAGGAAUUUGUCUUGGUGCAUAUGCUCUCAGUGUUACAUAAAAGAAAAGAUACGUUCAUCAAGGUACAACAUUUACAACACAAUUGAUGAUCAAUAUAUAUAUAUGAACUUUGGAAGUGGGGUUAAGCUUUGUUUAAAGCCAUUUCUGUGGAUUUUGUGGCUGCUUGGAGCGGGAUUGUGUGUGUUGGUGGCAAAUUUUGGGGUGUUUCGGAGUGGCGGGUUCAAGAUCCGGCAUGAAGUUUACUGGUUUUGCUUUUAAGAGUCACCAGAUGGUGGCGCUGUGAGAUCAGUUGAAGUCUCUCUAGCAAAAUAUUUCUCAACUUUGGCCACUUUUAAGAUGGGUGGACUUCAACUCCCAGAAUUCCACAGCCAGCACAGCUGGCUGUGGAAUUCUGGGAGUUGAAGUCCACCCAUCUUAAAAAUCACAAAGGCUGGAAGACACUGCUCUAACCCAAAGAAUUUGGCUCUAAACGGGAUAUAUCCGCGCGUCUCUCAAUCCUUGCACAAAAUGAAUCCUAUAUAAGCCAGCCAGCCUCAUAUUUUGAACGGUAGAGGCUCCCAAGAGAACGAUGCCUGGAAUUUUUACAAGUUUUGCACACCUAAACUCCCCCCCGCCCCAACCCGCCUUUUCAAAUUCUUGAUUCCUUCCCGUUGAACAUCACUUUUUAGCGAGCUGGUCUCUAAAAAGG